AGUAGCACUUCAACAAGCAUCACACUGCUUCCUUACUUCUACUAUAUUUCUUCCUUCAUCACUUGUCUCCAACCAAAGUCAAUGGCGCGAAGAAACAUGGAAAUGGCGGCGGUGCUGCUGCUUGCACUGUUGGCUAUGGCACAACAGUCCAUGCAACAGAGCUUGAAAAACCCUCUGCCUUUAUCAUACCGUAAUAUCAGAACCGACGACACACCAGUAUUUGGCCUCAUCACCACUUCCUAUAGCGCUGAGAAGGCACUUAAUGAGUCUGGUUUCUUCGUUCCUACUUCAUAUACUGACUUGUUCGGAAGAAGAUUCGUGACUGGAACAAUUUAUGGAGCCAAUGUUGUGUAUGUCAGAACCUCAAGCUCUCCAUCGGUACAUGCUGGGAUAACUACGCAAAUUAUGACAGAUUACUUCAACCUUAUAGGAAUUGUUCAUUUUGGAAGUGCUGGAACUACUAAUGAAACUUUGAGCAUUGGCACUGUUUCUGUUCCCCGCCUUGUUGGCUUCACAGGCUCUUGGGAAUGGCUGAGCAAAGACUCAAACGAGCAAGGGCAACUCGUAAUCGGAGAUUUCAAUUAUCCAGAAAAUGGUCAGAAUUUGUUGGGAAGUAUAAAGAUCGAUGAAGUAGAUGUCUAUUACAAGGGACAAAUAGCGUUCAACAGUUAUUGGGUCUACCCUCAUCUAAGUUGGCUAGGGUAUGCCUCGAGGAUCAAGAUCGAGUCGGGAGAUGUUAUUGUUGGAUUGAAUUCUUCCAGUUCUGAUAUCUACGUGAACAACCCUGUAUACAGAGAGUUCCUUUACAAGAAUUUCAAUGUUUCAACUGUUGAUACUAGCAGUGGUGCUGUUGGAUUGGGAGCAAAGUCGAAUAGUCUGAGUUUCAUUUCGUUCCAAGGAAUAUCAAACUCGGCAGGUGCUGGGGACUCCAGCCAGAGUGCUACUGAAUUGGCCAGCAAAAAUGUUGUGGCUGCUGUAAUUAACUUUAUUUGGCAAGCCACUGUGCCCCGCUAUGCUCAUGAUUUCUAAAUUUUCCCUUUUGACUACUAAAUAAGAGAUGUGCCCAAAUGUCUACUCAAAUGGGUUUAUCUUUAUAUUAAAAUGUUUCCUUUAAAAA